GAAGGUGAGAGGGUGUGUGUGUGUUUGUGUGUACGUGCCAUCAAACACAUCUGUUUUGUGUUUAUACGAGCAACUCAGUCAGAACGAAACUCCAUUUACAACACAACUUCAUAAGCAGGUGAAAGAUGUCCGGAGGGUUUAUUAAAAUGCUGAAGAAAAGGAAGGAGCUAAUUCCUCUGAUUGGGAUUGUUGGUUGUGCCGCACUCGGAGGAAUGACAGCCUCCGUUUACUUCCUACUGACCAAAUCGGAUGUCAUUUUAAACAAGACAGGAAACCCAGAGCCAUGGGAGACAAUAGAUCCGUCCAAACCACAGAAGCUGAUGUCGAUUAACCAGCAGUGGAAACCAGUGGAGGAGCUGGAACUGGUGAAGAAACUGACCAGAUGAUCUCCUCUGCUGAACCGCUGCACUCUCAGGACAUUUUAAAAGCUUCUGCUAAAACAAGAAAUGUAACUUUUGCACUGUAAAAAUCACUCAGAACUUGAAUAAACUCAAAGAAACUCUG